GUACGGUAGAUAAUUGGACUGGGGUCGCUGGUGGUGAUGCCAUUGAUCGGAAAUCUCUCCGACAUAUAUGGGAGAAAAGUGAUGCUCACCUUCCCUAUGACUUUUGGGAUUCUCCCUUUAGUGAUAUUGGCCUGCAGCAGGACAAAGUAUUUUUUCUACACUUAUUAUGUGCUCAAAACUGUCAUUGCCAUGUUUACUGAAGGAAGUGUUCAGUUUCUUGCUCUUGCAUACGUGGCUGAUAAUGUUCCUGAAAGCAGAAGGGUUUCAGUAUUUGGAAUAAUGUCUGGCAUUGCAUCUGCUUCUUUCGUGUUUGGGAAUUUCUCUACUCGUUUCCUCUCCACUUCUGCUGCUUUUCAAGUUGCUGCAUCAAUGGCAGUGAUAUCACUGGUGUACAUGAGAGUGUUCCUUCCUGAGUCAAUGAUGAACAACAGCAUUUGUGCAAAGAACACAGAGACUACUUGUCUUUUGGAGAAAGCACCCACAAAAAAGUGGCAGCUAUUCAAGAAUCUGCCUUCAGUGGAUGAUACCAUUUGCUUGUUAAGGACUAGCUCCACAUUUUCAAAAGCAGCUUCCGUUGCAUUUUUCGUCACUGUUGCAGAUGUUGGCGCUGGCGCUUCUUUAAAUUACUACUUGAAGGCUCAAUUUCACUUCAACAAAGAUGAAUUCGCUGAUCUGAUGAUAAUUGCUGGGAUAGCAGGGUCAAUAUCGCUGCUGAUUCUCAUGCCCGUAUUAACUCCUUUAUUGGGAGAAGAGAAGAUGCUUUCAAUAGGGCUCUUUUUCGGCUGUGCUAAUAUGGUUCUUUAUGGCAUUGCAUGGGCCCCCUGGGUUCCUUAUGCUGCUGCCAUGAUCUCUGUUGUGGCUACUUUUGCAAUGCCAUGUUUAAGGAGCAUUGCUUCCAAACAAAUUGGUCCCAAUGAACAGGGAAAGGCUCAAGGAUGCAUUACAGGCAUCUGUUCCUUUGCUAACAUUGUGUCUCCACUUGCUUUCAGCCCUUUAACAGCUUUGUUUCUGUCAGAUAGUGCACCAUUUCAUUUUCCAGGAUUCAGUAUUAUGUGCUCUGGCUUUGCUGCGAUGGUAGCAUUCAUUCAAAGCACCAUGAUAAGAGCAACUAAUCCUCCUACAAGUUGCAGCAUUGACAAUUCCAACUCUGAGGAGCCUUAGCUUGAAUUACAGUUCAUGACAACCCAUUAUGGCCCCUCGAAAUCAUUUAAUUUUAUAACUAGAGAAGUCAAUCUUGGAGGCUAUGUGGAAGAAAAGACAGACAGGAUUUGAAGUACAAAAAGAUGUAUUAUUGUCUAUAUUUAAUGUUCUAGGUAUACUUUUAUUUGGAGUCAACAUUUCUGUAUAGUAGGAGAGAAACUAGUAUGGAUGUAAAAGACAUGCAGAUGUAGCCUAUGGUUAUGUGAUGUAGAAAAGUAGUAUUUGUAAUUUUGUUAUCGAAUUUUAAGGAGGAAGAAUAUAAUAUCUUCAUUCUUUCGUUAU